UGUUGAAUAUAUGUUUCGUUAUGUAACAUCGUACGCACAUCGACGAUGAUGGUCUCUUCGAGUUCGCGCGCUCAAACGUCUGGCGACAGCACGUGUUUGUGAGACUGACAGCAGCAGUCAACGAUAUAGACAAGAAUUAUUUCCUAUUUCUGCACUAAAAUUUUCUAUCUCGCUCUUUUAUCAAACUUCAAAUAUAUUAUCUAUUUUAUUUUCAAUACAAUGAAUAUGCACUGUAGUUCAGCUGCGAAAAACAGAUCAAUAAUAUCUAGAGCGAGCAAGUUCAAGAAGUGGAGAUGUGGUGCACGUAGAAAAGGAUGCACUCUGUUUUGUGUCCAUACGUUCACGAAAGAGCACGAAUCCUCUUCUUCAUGCACUCUACACCCAUUCUGCGAAAUAACCGUCUAGAUAUAUCAUAUCUAUGGUCAGCAGCUGUUUAGAUCGUUCUCAUCUUGCGGAGUGUGUGUGAUUACUUUUACACGAAAUUUCCUACGUCUUGAAAUGUCUUUAUAUUAAUUACAUCGAAUCAGAAGUUUCACAGUUUUUUAUCCGCAAAAAUGGUGGAUGAAGAUAUCAAUAAUAGUCUAAGAAGAUUUCAUUAUCGUAAGAUACUGCGCGAAAUUCUACGCGCCUGUCAGAAUGGAGACUUAGACAGAAUAAAAACAAUACUCGAGAAAGAAGGACAUAGAAUUCGCGGUUGGGGUAGUUUUGGUCACGAGGUAUCUGGCGAUACUGUGUUACACGUGGCAGCACAAGCGGGAAAUAUGAGCAUUGUGAAAUAUCUAUCCAAACAUACGGAUGAAUUUAAAGUCAAUGUUAAAAAUAAAGACAUGAAGACGCCACUACACUGCGCUGCGCAAUUUGCGCGAGAAGAUGUUUUGAAAUAUUUAUUGGAGAAAGGUGCAGAAGUAGAUGCUUUAAAACGUGCCGACUGGACACCACUGAUGCUUGCAUGCACCAAAAGUGGCCCAACAGCACAUGAAUGUAUCAAGGCUCUUUUAGCUGCUAAGGCUAAUGCUUCUUUUCGUAAUAAAGAUGGUUGGCCAUCAUUAUUCAUCGCCUGUCGAACUGGUGACGAAGAGUCAGUCAAUAUAUUAUUGAAACAUUGGCCAGAGGGUAUCCACGAGUGGACCAACAAUGGUCGAACUGUAUUGCAUAUUGCUGCACUUCACGGUCAUGAGAGAGUGAUUGACUUGCUCGUCAGAGCAAAUGCAGAUGUAAAUGCACAGGAUUCUUCAGGCUCUACACCGCUUCGUGAGGCGGCGAAGCACGGAAAUCUGGAUAUGCGUGAGACUAAUAUAGCCACAGUAAUCUCACCUCAGAUUGAGAUACUGACUCCCUUUAUCGAGCCGUCGUCGAUUCUACGAGAUACGGGCAUGUCGACCCUCGGCUUGUCGACGAUACCGGCAUAUCGUUGGCAAUUUGGGACCCGUGCCGAUCAUCUAUACCUGGAAAGCUUUGCACCGCCAAAUACUUUACGGUAUGCAAACUCGAAAGUGGUCGACGAAAAGAUGACGAAUUGGACGACUCCCAUCCAACGUGUUACGAUGAUACGAGUGUAACGAAAAAAGAUUGGAGAGAUAAAUUGCAGACGAAGGAUCACAGGACAAGCUAUGUCGCAAACUUGAAAAAUAAUGUCUCUUUAAACGUCGACAAGGUGUAUCCGCAUCUCCAUGCUCAAUAUUCGGAUCAGAUUCACUCCUAGGAUGCGUAAGGGUGACUAGGUAAGGGUGCUGUGCAUGAGUGAAAAUUAAUACCGCACACCAUGCAGAAACAAAAGAGAGAUUCCAAAAGACACACGAUGAAACGGAGACGGCUCUAAUUUCAGCGGAACUUUCGGUAAAAAUAUAUAUACUUGACAUAAAAUUAAAACACAAAUUAUAUAUUAUACUUGACAUAAAAUAAAAAAUUUAGUUUAAUGGUCUUUAUACUCUUUUACUCUUUUGCAAAUAUUAAGACGAUAAUUACCAAGGUCCUCGCUAGAAACAGUUAACUGUUCGCAAAUACGAAGAUAAUGGGAUAGUUUUCGAGGUACUUGCAAACGUGUGGCCUCGAUUAGUAUACUUCUCAUAAAUGCAAGCUUCCUACAAAUACAAAGACCGUAUGUUGGUUCUUGUAAAUGCAAACUGCUUACCAACCUGAAUAUCGGUACUUAGGAUAUAAUCAAUGCGGAAGCAGCGGUUUAGCAAUUUCUUGCAAACAUACGGAUCAUGAUACCGAUGAGCUGUUCGCAAAUAUCCUCUGAUUUCGGAACAUCAUAAUUCGAUAUACAUCCUUUCACUUUUACAAAUACUUUUUGAAAAUAGAAAGGCUACUCAAAACAACAAUAAGUUAAUAUUUCAAAAUAACAGAUAAUAUUUAAAAUUAAAUUUGAACAGUGAUGGUGACUAUUGAAACUUGCGUGCAUCAAGUAAAAAAUGCUCGGUACCUUUUUUGUCUGAA